UUUACUUCAAUUGUCCUUUCAGGUAUUCUGUGGAAAAAGAACGACUUUAACGCCCAGAAGCCCUUGGAUGGAUUCUACAGGUUACCAAAAGGUCAUUUUGAUGAAGAUUCGUUAUCAAUCGUUAAAGAUCCAGCAGGUGGCAAAGGCAAUGUGAUGAAGAUCUUCAUUGAGAAAGGUCACUACGUUAAGAUACACAGUCACCGUGGAGCUCAAUUUUAUACCAGUACCGUCACUCCUAGAGAUUCCAUGACACUUAGCUACGAUGUAUAUUUCCAGAAAGGUAUGGAUUAUGUCAUCGGAGGUAAAUUACCAGGUAUGUAUGGCGGAGCCACAAAUUGUACUGGUGGACGUCACUCUGAUGCCUGUUUGACCACCAGAUUUAUGUGGAGACAAGCUGGAGAAGGAGAACUUUAUGCCUACAUGCCACCACCAAAAGAUCAAGUGAAAAAUUUCUGUAACAGCAAUAAUAUUAUUUGCGACCCAGUUUAUGGUAUAUCUGUUGGCAAUGGAACAUGGUCCUUUAAGACUGGACGAUGGGAAAAUAUCGCACAACAUAUACAUCUCAACAAACCCGGUCAUAAAGACGGUUACGCUAUCAUCUGGUAUAAUGGAAAGAAGGUUUACGAAAUUCGCAACGUCAACUUCCGUAAUCACGACAACAUCAAAAUGAAGGGACUUUUCUUUUCGGUGUUCUUUGGUGGUGGUGAACCGAUGUGGGCCCCAACAGGCGAUUCAAAUAUUUACUUUAAAAAUUUCAUCGUAUCUUCUAAAGAAAGCCACCCAGCACAUCUAGUUGGUUGA